CCAGCGAACGGCGGGCAGCCAUUUUCUUCGAUAUCUGUCGCGCACGAUUUCAGGCUCCGUGGUACAACGUCCAAUGAUUCUAUCGUGUUAUGCAUAAAGCAACUAACGAUCAAGUUAUAAAAGGGUGAAAGUGUAGAAAAAAGACUAAGAAAAAUAUUCCAAUGAUGGGAUGCAUAAUAAAUACACUCAGAUCAGAUGAUUCGGAAUAUCCUGGUUCAGGAUUCAUGGCAGCUAUUAGGAAAAAAUUGGUGAUUGUUGGCGACGGUGCCUGUGGUAAAACUUGCUUAUUAAUUGUGUUCAGUAAGGACCAAUUCCCCGAGGUAUAUGUGCCUACUGUAUUCGAAAAUUAUGUAGCUGAUAUUGAAGUAGACGGAAAACAAGUUGAGCUUGCCCUGUGGGAUACUGCAGGACAAGAAGACUACGAUAGACUUCGUCCUUUAUCCUAUCCAGACACAGAUGUCAUCUUAAUGUGCUUCUCCAUCGAUAGUCCCGAUUCCCUUGAGAACAUUCCGGAAAAAUGGACACCAGAGGUCAAGCACUUUUGCCCAAAUGUACCAAUCAUCUUGGUUGGUAACAAAAAAGAUCUACGUAAUGAUCCUAGCACAAUUAAAGAACUUGGCAAAAUGAAGCAGGAGCCAGUUAAGCCAGAAGAAGGUCGUGCUAUGGCUGAAAAAAUCAAUGCUUUUGCCUACCUCGAAUGUUCUGCCAAGAGUAAGGAAGGCGUUAGGGAGGUCUUUGAAACGGCAACUAGAGCUGCAUUACAAGUUAAGAAGAAGAAGAAGGGAAGGUGUAGGCUGCUUUAAGGUGUAAUGCCAAACGGGCCCGACGCUGAACGGGUGAAGUAUGGAAUUGCGGGGCUAGCUGUACCAAAAAGCUAGUCGUCAUGCCGGAGGCCCCAGCAUAAACUACAACAUAAUAUCUUAUCUUUAAUUAUUUUACAUAACAUAAAAACAACAAAAA